CCGUUGCGGUCGUCUUGUCUAAAUCACUUUGCCAAACAGCUAUCUUCUUCUGCUCCCAACGUUUCUUUUAUUUCUUCUUACAGAAAGCAACUCGUUAACAAGUACCAUUCUCGCCAUGUCUGGUUCUAGCGACUCGGGUUCUCACAAGUUCUCGACUAAAUCCACCAUCUUCGGCCUAAACCUCUACUUAGUCGUCGCGAUAUGUUCUGUCUUCCUACUGCUGAUCUCGCUCUUGAUCUUCCUCUUCGUCUGCUUGAACCGAGUCUCACGCGCGCGGAGAAUGCGCGUGAAACACAGCUCCGGAUCCAUCCCUCUGGUCACCAAGGAGACAACGGAGAUCAAGACGGUCGGAAAGUAUCUGAACUGCGACGAGUCGAUGAGGAAAGUCGAAAACGAAUUCGUCGUGGUCGCCGAGGCGACGAGCAAGGAAGCGGGCGGCGGGUUCGAUGAUAUGUCGGUGGCUUCGAGCGGCGGCGACGUUGGUUCCGAGGUGAUGGGUUGGGGAAGAUGGUACGGUUUGAAGGAUCUGGAGAUUGCGACGCGUGGCUUCUCUGAUGAGAACGUGAUCGGAGAAGGAGGAUACGGUGUCGUUUAUAGAGCUGACUUCCCCGACGGUUCGGUCGCUGCAGUAAAGAAUCUACUUAACAAUAAAGGUCAGGCAGAGAAAGAGUUCAAAGUUGAGGUGGAAGCAAUUGGGAAAGUAAGACAUAAGAACUUGGUUGGUCUGAUGGGUUAUUGUGCCGACACUGCUCAAAGGAUGCUUGUGUAUGAAUAUAUUGAUAAUGGAAACUUGGAGCAGUGGCUGCAUGGUGAUGUAGGUCCAGUGAGUCCUCUCACAUGGGAUAUUCGGAUGAAGAUAGCCAUUGGAACAGCUAAAGGAUUAGCCUAUUUACAUGAAGGGCUUGAACCGAAGGUUGUGCACCGUGAUGUGAAGUCUAGUAACAUCUUGCUCGAUAAGAAAUGGAACCCGAAAGUGUCUGAUUUUGGUUUGGCCAAGUUAUUAGGAUCUGAAACGAGCUAUGUGACAACUCGUGUGAUGGGAACUUUUGGAUAUGUUUCACCGGAGUAUGCAAGUACGGGCAUGCUCAAUGAGUGUAGUGAUGUCUAUAGUUUCGGUGUUCUUCUCAUGGAGAUUAUAACAGGAAGGAGCCCGGUCGAUUAUUCAAGACCCCCUGGCGAGAUGAACUUGGUGGAUUGGUUCAAAGGAAUGGUUGCAAGCAGACGUGGGGAAGAAAUCAUAGACCCUAAAAUCAAGAAUCCACAACCUCAUCCAAGAGCUUUGAAAAGAGCGUUGCUUGUAUGUUUGCGUUGCAUAGACCUUGAUGCUAGCAAACGGCCAAAGAUGGGACAAAUCAUCCACAUGCUUGAGGCUGAUGAUUUCCCUUUCCGUCCUGAACACAGAUCAGUCCAGACAAACAAGAAUGCUCAUCAUCACGGUGUUUCAGGGAGACCACUUGAGAGUUGAUGCUAUUGGCUACACAACCAGAUUGAUAGAUAUGUCUCCACGUUUAUUCUAUAUUUGAGUAUUGCUUAGAUUGAUUCGAGUUGAAAGCAAAAGUGAAAUUAGAUACAUGAGAGUGGAGUUCAAAUUCUAAGGCUUGUUAUAUGUAAAUAUAUCAUAUAUGUAUUAUACAUGAUGAACACCAUAGAGCAUUUCUUAUCUUUUGC